AGGAGGGGUUGAGAAAACCACGUGUGCAGCAGCAGCACCGUGAGCAGCGCUGUCCUUCCUCGGGUAGACUUGUUUUUGUAAGCCUGUACCCUUCGCAUGUAGCCAGCGAUAGCCUGAAUCAGCCGGAGAAGCAAGAUUGUUUUCCUAUUUCUUUUACAGCCUCACAGACUCGCACUGCUGCUGGGAUUUGUACUGCUGCCACACUGACUGCCGACCAUGGUGAGCAAGACAGAUGACAUACCGGCGUCAGUGCCCGACUGUAAUCCGGUUGAUCUUGCGGAUGAAGCAGGAGAUGGAGCCCGGGACAGCAACGAAAGCAGCAAGACACAUCUGAAGGACUCAUGCGGCUGUGGGCACAGUGUCGAUACAGCCAUGGUGAAUGGUGAUGGAGCUCAUGGCCACACAGAGGAGGCAGAAUCCAAACCGGAUGGGAACGGUGAGGCGGAUGGUGGAGAGGAGUCCAACGAACAGGAAGUGAUUGUGAUCCAGGACACUGGCUUCACCGUUAAGAUCCAGGCACCUGGGACAGAGCCAUUCGACCUGCAGGUAUCUCCCCAGGAAAUGGUCCAGGAGAUCCAUCAGGUGUUGAUGGACCGUGAGGAUACCUGCCACCGAACCUGCUUCUCCCUGCAGCUGGACGGAAACGUGCUGGACAACUUUGCUGAGCUCAAGUCCAUUGAGGGCCUGCAGGAGGGCUCGCUGCUCAAAGUGGUGGAAGAGCCGUACACAGUGCGCGAGGCCCGCAUCCACGUGCGUCACAUCCGAGACCUACUGAAGAGUCUGGACCCCUCGGACGCUUACAAUGGAGUGGACUGCAACUCGCUCUCCUUCCUCAGCAUCUUCACUGACGGAGACCUUGGAGAUAGCGGUAAGAGGAAGAAGAAGGGAAACGAGCUGGAGCAGAUCGACUGCACCCCCCCAGAGCACAUCCUGCCCGGCAGCAAAGACCGCCCACUGGUGCCCCUCCAACCACAGAACAAGGAUUGGAAGCCUAUGCAGUGCCUGAAGGUCCUGACCAUGAGCGGCUGGAACCCUCCACCAGGAAACAGGAAGAUGCACGGCGACCUCAUGUACCUGUACAUGGUGACUGUGGAAGAGCGCCACGUCAGCAUCACUGCCUCCACACGCGGCUUCUACCUCAACCAAUCCACUACCUACACCUUUAACCCUAAGCCAGCCAAUCCCAGUUUCCUGAGCCAUUCUCUGGUGGAGCUGCUGAGCCAGAUCAGCCCUGCCUUUAAGAAGAACUUCACUGCCCUGCAAAAGAAAAGGGUCCAGAGGCACCCGUUCGAGAGGAUAGCCACUCCUUUCCAGGUGUACAGCUGGACAGCCCCACAGGUAGACCACGCCAUGGACUGUGUCCGAGCUGAGGACGCCUACACCUCCCGCCUGGGUUAUGAGGAGCACAUACCUGGACAGACUAGAGAUUGGAACGAGGAGCUGCAGACCACCAGAGAGCUGCCCCGGAAGAACCUGCCUGAACGCCUGCUGAGGGAGAGAGCCAUAUUUAAGGUCCACAGUGACUUUGCAGCGGCUGCCACUCGAGGCGCCAUGGCAGUUAUUGACGGCAACGUAAUGGCCAUAAACCCUGGUGAGGAAACGCGAAUGCAGAUGUUUAUCUGGAACAACAUCUUCUUCAGCCUCGGCUUCGAUGUGCGGGACCACUAUCGCGAGCUGGGUGGAGAUGCGGCUGCCCAUGCAGCACCCACCAAUGACUUGAAUGGAGUACGUGCUUACGGGGCCGUAGAUGUGGAGGGCCUGUACACUCUGGGGACAGUAGUGGUGGACUACAGAGGGUACCGAGUCACCGCACAGUCAAUCAUCCCUGGGAUCCUGGAGCGUGAGCAGGAGCAGAGCGUCAUCUACGGAUCCAUCGACUUUGGGAAGACGGUGGUGUCUCACAUCAAAUACCUGGAGCUGCUGGAGAAGACAAGCAGGCCACUCAAGGUUCAGAGGCACAGCGUAUUAAAUGAGAAAAACGAGACAGUGGAGCUGUGCUCUUCCGUUGAGUGCAAGGGCAUCAUUGGAAACGACGGCCGCCACUACAUUCUGGACCUUCUUCGUACUUUCCCUCCUGACCUCAACUUCCUGCCUGUGGAAGGAGAGGUGCUGCCUCCAGAGAGUCAGCGCCAAGGCUACCCUCGCCAGCACCGCCACCGCCUGGCUUGUCUACGCCAGGAGCUCAUCGAGGCCUUUGUGGAGCACAGAUACCUCCUCUUCAUGAAGAUGGCAGCGUUACAGCUCAUGCAGCAGAAAGCAAACAAGGACACAAAGAUUGACGUGCCUGCUAUCACAGAAACCUCUGAGACAAGCUCAGAAAGCAAAGAUGAGCCAACCCCGACACAGACUGCUGCAUCAGAUCCUCCCAGUGCAACAGACGUCUCCGCUGACAGCACGAGCCCGACAGACAGCAGCACCCCGGCUGCCACGCCGGCAGCGACUGAAGGUGAAGAAAACUCCUCGAAGCCCACCACAAACGGGCCUCUAGACCUCACAACCACCCAGAACGGAGAAUGCAAGAGCCCAUUGGAGGGUAAGGAGCUUGAGGAAAGUAUUCCAGGAUUAGCUCAAGCCAAAGAGCUAGCGGAGACCUUAGUUGCCGAAGAUGGAUCUUGUAUUGAUCCUAAAAGUCGUGAGGUCGUCCUCAACGCCUGCAAGGCAGUCGGCUCCAUCAGCAACACGUCUUUUGACAUUCGCUUCAACCCUGACAUCUUCUCCCCAGGAGUACGUUUCCCAGAUGAGAGUACAGAUGACGUGCAGAAGCAGAAGCAGCUUCUCAAAGAUGCUGCUGCCUUCCUUGUUUCCUGUCAGGUCCCAUCACUGGUUAAAGACUGUUUGGACCACAGCUCUGUGCCCAUGGAUGGAGCCACACUGACAGAGGCCUUGCGCCAGAGAGGCAUCAAUGUCCGCUAUUUGGGCACAGUUCUGGAGUUUGUGGACAAAACUCCUGCCAAAGCCCAACUGGAGCACUUCUAUAGAAUAGGAAUCAGUGAGCUCAUCACCAGAUGUGCAAAACAUAUCUUCAAGACAUACCUGCAGGGUGUAGAGUUGUCUGCCCUCUCUGCUGCUGUAAGCCAUUUCCUCAACUGCUUCCUGAGCUCCUUCCCUGACGCAGUCGCCCACCUUCCUCCCGAUGAGCUGGUGUCGCGCCGCAAAAGCCGCAAGCGCCGCAACAGGGUCCCCGGCGGAGGUGACAACACGGCGUGGGCCAGCCUGACGCCCAGCGAGUUGUGGAAGAACAUCGCAUCCGAGGCCCAGAGCUAUUAUCACUUCACCAUCCAGUGUGAAAGUGCGGACCAGGUGGUGGAGAAAUAUGGCCUCCAGAAAAUCACUCUGCUCAGAGAAAUUUCAGUUAAAACUGGCAUCCAGAUUCUUAUAAAGGAGUAUAACUUUGACAGCCGCCACAAGCCUGCCUUCACAGAGGAGGACAUCCUGAAUAUUUUCCCUGUUGUGAAGCACGUUAACCCCAAAGCCUCAGAUGCCUUCCACUUCUUCCAAAGCGGACAGGCCAAAGUGCAGCAAGGUUUUCUGAAGGAGGGCUGCGAGCUGAUCAACGAGGCUCUUAACCUCUUCAACAAUGUGUACGGAGCAAUGCACGUAGAGAUCUGCGCCUGCCUGCGCCUGCUGGCACGCCUUAAUUACAUCAUGGGAGACCAUCCAGAGGCUCUCAGCAACCAGCAAAAAGCUGUUCUGAUGAGUGAACGAGUCCUCGGCAUUGAGCACCCCAACACAAUUCAAGAAUAUAUGCACUUGGCUCUGUACUGUUUCGCCAAUGGCCAGCUGUCCACUGCCCUGAAGCUGCUGUAUCGCGCCCGUUACCUCUUGUUGAUGGUGUGCGGGGAGGACCACCCUGAGAUGGCACUGUUAGACAGUAACAUCGGGCUGGUGCUGCACGGAGUGAUGGAGUAUGAUUUAUCGCUGAGAUUCCUGGAGAACGCAUUGACCAUCAACACAAAGUACCAUGGAUCCCGUUCCCUCAAAGUGGCCCUCAGCCAUCAUUUGGUUGCGAGGGUUUACGAGAGCAAGGCUGAGUUCCGAUCUGCACUUCAGCACGAGAAGGAGGGUUACACCAUUUACAAGAACCAGAUGGGUGAGGGACAUGAGAAAACCAAGGAGAGCUCAGAGUACCUAAAGUAUCUCACUCAACAGGCUGUAGCUCUGCAGAGAACCAUGAACGAGAUCUACAAGAACGGCUCCAACGCCAGCAUCAUGCCCCUCAAGUUCACCGCACCCAACAUGGCCAGUGUCCUGGAACAGCUCAACAUCAUCAACGGCAUCAUCUUUAUACCACUCAGCCAAAAGGAUCUGGAGAACCUGAAGGCAGAAGUUCAAAGGCGGCAGCAGCUGCAGGAGCUGGGAAAGAUUGAGGAGCCCACCGAGGACAGCCCACUGGAGCUAGAGGACAAAAUUCCCAUCGAUUAAAGUCCGAAUGCCCUCGACGCGGCUACUUUCUGCUAUCGGGGAGGGGGGUAGGCGGUGACUUAACAGCAGUGUCACUGAGCCUGUGGAACUGAGAGCCAAGCGGUCUGAAUCAGCAUUGAAAUAAAUGGGGGAGGGAUGGGUGAGGGCAGAGCAGAGAACAAACAGUAUGAACUGUAGGAAAAAGGAAUACAGAGAUAGGGGACUUCCUACAAGGUAGGAAAAAGAGGGAGCGAGAGUACAAACGCAUAGAACCAAUGUAAUGUGCAAUCUGACAAAUCCCCGGCCCGAGAAGCUGCUGAUGCAGAUGUUAGCUGCUGUAGAAAUACGAUCGCAUAUGAAAGCCUGGUUACAGCCGGGGGGAGGGAGACCAAGGACGACCAUGACAUUGUAUACCAGAGCCUUAUCCGCUGUACCAUAUUCUCCCAGCUCAAAUAUCCCACAACACUGUUAGCCCAGGACCACAUUCUGCCCCGCCAUUCCCUAAAGAGCCUUGGAGCAUGUAGCCACCCCACCCCUCAGUGCUCUAAAACCAGGAAGCACCCACCCUGUCCUAGAACUCAGGGGCACUACUUUCUAUUGUGCACUUAAACCAGAACACAGUCACAAAAUUAGAGAUGUUUCAAGGGGGGCUUCAGAAUGUAAAUCCCCUUCUCUGUGGCUUCUUUGAGCCAUAUUUGCAGCAGUCGCCCGUCAUUCUCACAUGUCCCCUGAUGGUUAAUUAAUUUAAUCUUUCAAUCAUUUUCUCUUUACGACAUCCCAGGUGGGUGCCUGCUGAGUCUGAUGGUUCCUGCCUCUCUGAGCAAGAAAAUGAUAACAGUCACACUAUAGUGAGCCUUCUACCAGUUUGAUUUCAUUUGAUGGAAUUUUCUUCUUUUUUUUUUUUUAAGUAAAUAAUGGAUUUUGUAAAAGUGCAAAGGAGAAAUAUAAAGGUAUUUUAUGCCUGUUGAUCAUCAAUUAAUUUAAGCCAUGUCUGUUUUAUAGAAAAAUGUAUAGAAGUGGAAAAAAAAGAUGUAUAAAUCUAUCUGAUUUAGACAGGUGCUUGAUUGAUGCUAAUGGAAAAUUGCAGAUUUGGCACAUCCACUUUACGCAUUAGAUUUAUCUAUCUAUAUACUAGCUGUGUUCAAUAUUCUAUUUUUACACAUUGAAAGAAUAUGUGCAUGUAUGUUUGUAUGUGUGACAGUGUGUGUGUGUGUGUGUCUUUGUGUAGUUCAACAGAAAAUCUUUCGGCCAGGGCUACUGUUGCUUUUGCUGCUGCUGCAUAGUUUGAAUAGAGGCUAAAAGCAAACAUUGGUGUUCCUAAUGUUUUAUUUUUCUACUCAUAUUUGACCUGUUGGAUGGCUGAAGCCUCUUUUCUUUAAUCAAUCAUGGCCGCCAAUGUAAAUCUGUUUCUGUAUGAGUUGGUACUAAAAUGAGCCUCUUCUCACAAUGGGCUGUAGAGACUGAUUUAUUGUUGCUGGGUGUUGUUUUUUCUUUUCUUUUUUCAUUAUUGGGUUAUCUGUUUGUUUGUAGCUGAGACAAGAACCAGCCAGGGGUGUCUGAGCAUUUUUUGCAGUGCACUUUCUCCUGCUGUUUGACUGUGCGAUCAUGUGCACAGCACAACCAAAAGUGGGCAAAAGAAGAGCUGUCUCAGUUUGAUGUACCAAAAAACACUGAUAAAGGUCUGUGUGCGCUUGUAUACAUGCAAUGUAUCCCUCCCAUGGCAAUUUGUUACUUAAUUGUUGCCGUGUCUAAAUGUAUGUGAUUAAAGCAAUAGAGACGGAGCUCCAAAUGAUUGUUUUUCAAGAAUGCAGUUUUUACUUUACAAAAAGAAAAAACAUGACAGAGGACUACUUUCUGUGUUGGAGGAAUAAUCUAAAAAACAAAAGCAAAGCAGAGCUCUUCAGACUGACAUGGUUGUCACAGGGAUUUUUCCUGAAUGUGCGCCUAAAGAUGAUGUCAUCAUAACAUCAAAAGCAGAGUGUGGUGUGUAUUGUGCCUAUUGUGUAUGCUUCUGAAUGGAACCAGGGUGAUAGCAGGUAAUGACUUUAUCAUGUUAAGAGUCUUGGUUUUGUUUUCUGGGUUUGUUGUAUCAUCAUUACUUUUUCAUUUAAGACCAUUUCUUAAGUCCCCUGCUUAUCAAGUACUGAACAAUAGUAAUACCAACAGUAUCCACAAGGUGGCACACAAACAUCUGUUUCAACCUUAAGGUACAUACAUUGACCCUUACAGACACGUGGAACUCGAAAAUAUUUGUAAAGCCCAUUUAAAAAAAAAUGUUCUUUAAAGCUAAACAUUUCCCAAAUAUGCUCAAAACUUAUAAAAACCUGCUACCAGUCGAAGCUGUUCUGAAAUAUAGAAUCGUGCAGUGAUGGGAGAGAUUUAUAAAACUAUUUGAACAGAUAAAAUUCUUUAAUGCACAUAUAAGAGUGCUUUUGUUUAGUACUACAGUGAAAUAAUUCUGUUUUGAAUUGAUAAGUUUGAUCUGUUACUAGCAUCAGAACUAAGAAAACAAAGUAUGUUGUACUAAAACAAAGUUAAGGGUGAAGUGUAACAUUUCAUGUUUAAUUUACAAACACCAUUUGCAAAGCCUCAGAUGCACUGCCGAUGUAGAAUAUUAAUACUAACUGAAAUUAUCCGUAAUGUAAUCAAUAUACACCAAACAUUGAGUUUGAAUUCUGUGCAAAAACAUUUCAAAGUCUUCAUGAGGGGGGAAAUAGUCUAAUAUCUACUAUCAACAUUAUGCUACCCUCUUGCAUUUAGUGUCACUGAGAAACCUGAAAAGAUGAUUGUCUAAAAGUUUUGUGCUACAUUAGCUGAUGCAAUUUCUUCUGCACAAAGGCGUCUAGUAGGCCGAGUGUUUUGAGUCUGCUUCUCCUGAUGAUGUGUGGCAUUUGUGUGUUGCUCUUUACAGAAUAACAAUCUAAUUAUA